AUGUCGACUACCAUCAAACCCAUCAAGCUCUACGGAGGAAUCCUCGGUCCCAAUCCCCUAAAAACAGCACUGAUAUUGACCGCACUCGAAGUACCCUUUGAAAGCAUCCUCAUCCCUUUCGAUCAACUGAAACAACCCGAGUACGAAGCCAUCAACCCCAAUGGCCGCCUCCCAUCCAUCCACGACCCCAACACUGGCUUAACAGUCUGGGAAAGCGGAGCUAUUAUUGAGUAUCUCAUUGAGCAAUACGACAGCAAAGAACCUCGCAAGCUAAGUUUUGCACCGAGAGGUGCAGAAGCUCAACUCGCACGCUCCUUUCUCUAUUUGCAGGUCACAGGGCAAGGUCCAUACUACGGCCAGGCGUACUGGUUCAAGAAUUUCCAUCAUGAGAAACUCCCCUCUGCCGUGGAACGAUACGUCAACGAAAUCAAGCGCGUCACUGGUGUGCUUGAUAAAUGGUUAAGCCAGCAGAAAGAAGCCCACAAGGACAACAUCGGCGACGGUCCUUGGUUGGUGGGUAACAAGCUCUCAUAUGCCGACCUCGCGUUCAUCUCCUGGCAGAGAAUCGCACAGGCCAAUUUCGCUGAUGAUGGGUAUGAUGUGAACGCUUUUCCUCAUGCGAAGGACUGGUUGGAGCGUAUGACUUUGAAGGAGUCUUUGGGAGCGGUAUUGGAGGAGCAUGAUACGGCGAUGGCGAAAGCAAGACAGGCACACAAGUAA